CUCGAAUCAUUGCUGUCAUAAAUAUAUCAACGUCCGUCUUAAACUAUCGCGGCGUUCAUCCUAAAAUCAGAAAGUUGGUCUAUAAAGACUAUAAAAAUAUAAGCUUCGAGGUUGGUCAGUGGGUCAUUUUACAGUAGCUGCAAAAUUAUUGGCAUAAGAAAUAUUCGAGCUAUUUCGCUAAAACAAACCCACCGUGGAUUUGGAAACAUUGUCGAGAAAUAGGCAAGUGAACGCUUGCCUCUACGAUGUGCAAAGAUCUGUGACAAUAUUGUCAAUAUAUAUAUAUAUAGAUCAGUGAUUUCAACAGAUUUAUUCUGAUUAGUUUAAUAAAUUAAUAACAAUCGGCCCUUAUUUGAACCGGAAGUGACCAGGAUACACAAUGGAUGGUUGUGUAUAUUUAACACACAGACGCUAAAUUCUCGCCGAAUUUAGGUCGAAACGCAGCGUUUCUAUCACGUCCCCACUAUGGCUAGCUGCGCAAGUAUUCUUCAAUUUGCGCUGAUUUUAGUGCUAACACUCAUUAGCAUAAACGGCGACGAUAUCUCCUCCAGCGUUCAAGUAAACGCGGCGUAUGACGAACUCUAUGCGGAUGCCUUGCGCAUUUACUACAAUGACGAUUGGGGAAAUGCAAUUGUAAAAUUCGAUGCCGCAAUCGAGGAUUGGAAAAAUGAAAGAAAAUUCACAAUUAUGUGUAGGUAUGAAUGUAAAGAAGCGCUCGACGCAAGCAGACAGGGAAACACGGAAUCGUUUGCAAUCGAAUAUCUGCGUUAUUUAAGUUACAUGAGGAUUUGUUCUCAAGCGUGUAUGGAAAGGAAUAUGGGCAAACGACUCAAGGUUUCGAAACAUACUUUCCGUUUGUUUGAAGACCGCGUGCCUUACAGUUUUAUGCAAUUCGCGCAUCAUAAGGUAAGUUAUGCCUUAUUUAUAUUUAUAGAAAUCUGUUCCAAUUUAUCUGUCAUGUUUGUCUAGUUAUCGAAUUAAACUAUAUAUUAUACCAUGCUGAUAUGUUAAUAUGCUCGCGGGCCUUAUUGAAGGUCGAACGCGCCAGCACGUAAACAAUUACAUGCGCUUUAUUAAUAUAUUAUUCUGCGCUACAAAUAACAACAAAGUCAAAUUUUAACACUGUGAUAUCACGCACAAUAGACCCUUUCGAUAAUUACGUAUCUUAUCUUAGCCUGCAUGGGAGCCUCAUUUUCAUGUUUCAAGAUGAACGGUGAUAGGCUCACAAUGCACGAGAGUGAGGCUCCCAGGCCAAAACAAGAUAUGUGACUUAAUUAUCGAAAGGGUCUAUUGCCUGAUUUAUUAAUAGUUUAAUAUUUAUUGGAUAAACUGAUAAACAAAUUUAGUUAACUUUUUUUAUACGCAAUUCACAAGGUUAGAUAACCCACAUGCCUAGUUACUAUUGUUGUACUAAGCUUUAGAAUAAUGUACACGAUUGAAUAACUCUUAAACAUAUUGAUUCUAACGCCCGUAUUCUAAAAGCUCACUCACACUCAAUGAGUGGAAGUUUAAUCUGAGCUUCUCUUGAGUGUCAAUGCUGUUUUUGAAUAGCUGGAGGGGUAGUGUUAUACCUUACUAUGUGAAUGCUCACCCUCCAGCUAUUCAAAAACAGCAUUGACACUCAAGAGAAGCUCAGAUUGAACCUCCACUCAUUGAGUGUGCUUUUAGAAUACGGGCGUUAUACUUGGUUACCUCAUAGCCUACUCGAAGGAAAGAUGGCUGUGAAACUCGUGCGAAUAACAAGAUACAUGUAAUAAGUGCUUUGUACGUUUGCAUGGCGAUAAAACAUAUAAUAGUUUUGUUUGUGGAAAACAUCACGUAAAUUUAUUGCUGCAAAGCUUUCGAUCCGUAGGCCUGGAUCUUCAUCAGUGCUAAUAAUAAUAAUAUGCAUAUUAUUAGCACUGAUGAAGAUCCGGGCUUACGGAUCGAAAGCUUUGCAGUAAUAAAUUUACUUGGUGUUUUCCACAAACACAAAACUAUUAAAUAUACAUGUAACUCAUUAUCUAUGUUCGUCAACGUUUAUUCGUAAAUCUGGUCCUUCAUGCACCGUCACGUGUGUAUUACAUUUUUGCCCAACUAACCAAUAGCAAUGUUUCAGGAAAGUUACCUAUCCGAGACUUGAACAAUAGGGGGGUAAACUGGAAAUUACUAUUAGUAGAUUUGGCAAAAAUAUAAUACACACGUGACGGUGAAGGACCAGAUUUAUGAAUAAACGUUGACUAACAUAGAUAAUGAGUUAUAUUGUUAUUCUAAUGAGUUUCACAGCCAUCUUCCCUUCUGGCUAUGCUAUAACCACAGUCCUGGUUAAUUUGAUCACUAUCGUCGCUAAUUUAACCAGGUUUCCGGGUUAUUUUAACCAGACUACAUGGUUGAAUGAACCAGAUUACGAGUGUUAGGUGGAUGGGACCAACAACCAAACAGAAGUUUUAUUUUCUUUCCAGAAUGGUAACAACAGAAUCGCCAUCCAAGCCGCAUCAACCUAUCUCCGUUUCAACCAGAGAGAUGAACAAAUGCACGGUAACAUGAAGUAUUACUCCGGCCUGCCCGAAUUGCAAGACAUUAUUGUUGACGACAUUGAAAGCUUAGCGCCAAUACAGCACCACGAACUUUAUGAAAAAGGCCGAAAAGCUUACAACGCCAAAGAUUGGGAAAAAAGUGUAGAAUACUUCGAGGCAUCGUUAAAAGAAUACGCUAAAGCUUACAAAGAGUGCAAAACAUUAUGCGAGGUUGAGGUCGAAGAAAGACAACAGUAUAUAUAUGGGGGUAUCUAUGGAUACCAUAUGCAAUUGUUGUUAUGUACCCUCGAUUGUCCCAGGAAGCUCUCGAUGCUUCUUAAUUACCCUCAAGCGGGAUUUCUGGGAAGGCAAUUUGACUUUCUCCAUUACUCGUAUAACCAGCGUAAGUAUUUGCGCAAAGUCACAUAAGAAGUUUAUAAGGACGAUGCCUAGUAACACCAGAGACAAGUGAGCAUGUUUUCCUUGAUAAGUCUGUUUUGUCGCGUUUACACAUACACGAAAUAUCACAAACCAUCUUUUCUUUCCCCAAGUUCGUCUAGACAGAUCGUCUGUCCCUGCUUUAAAUCGGGUCAGACGUAACUGCUGAAUAGAGAAGUUUUAAACACGAACUUUUCUAAAUUCAUUUUCAUCUCGUGUUAUUUAGUCGAGCGUCGAGAUGACGCGCUGCCUUGCGCAGUCACCAACCUAUUGCUGAACCCAGUGAGCCCACACAUGAUAGAUAACAUGAAGUAUUAUACAGAGCUUGGACAGUCCGUUGACGAUGUUCAACCACGAGAGGUUUGUUCAGUGUUACAUAUGAAGUUUAGGAUUAAAGCUUCUGUGAACGAGUUCGUCUCUCACAUGUGAGAAGAGUGCUUCCAGUUUGAUAAGAGAUGACUCUUACUGACCUCUAGGAAGAACAGUUUAGAACUGAUAGAGCUAUCCAGUAUAAAUAUAGUUAGUUUAGUUUAUGUUUCCUCCUGUAGUAACACUGGAUCAAUAAGAGAUGAUUCUUACUGGACCUCUAGGAAGAACCGUUUAGAACUGAUAGAACUAUCCAGUAUAAAUAUGAAACCAGUGUUUUAUAUUUCUACAGGACGGUAAAUAUUUCUUUGAAGACAUAAAGUCGCAAAUGGAACUGCUGCUUGAAGUCAAAGCUUACUUGCUGGACUUAGACGAGGAAUAUAGAGGCACUGAGAACCUCGCUGACACGACAUACGAGGUAUGAAUAUCAUGUUUUUUAACGGUUUAUAGUCAAAAGAGAAUGAGAGUUGAUGUUUAGGCAACUCUUGUUCUCUUUUUAUUUAGCAAUUGAAGAAAAUCUCACGUAAACUCAUUACAAAUAUCAAACGAGAAAGAGCGCAUGAGAAUUGGCAGUCACGUGAUCUUGGUUAGCUGUUCUUAAUGCUUUCCAAACACUAUCAUGUAUUCUAAUGAAGUUAAAACAUAGUUGGAACACUCAUAAAACCUUUAUUUUGUUAAUCUAGAGCUUGAAAUGUCCCCUGUAACAAAUUGUGCAUGACUGCCAACUCUCAUCCCCAUUUGACCCCGGUCAUCAUAUACCCAUGGUCGUUAGACACGAACUUACAAUUACAUAUAAAUUGAAAAUGCUUGUUUUCUUAGACUUACCUAAAACACGGUCUGUAUCCUGAUGAACGCCUGCCAGAGGAGAAGAAAUCGGAAACUGAAGAUAAAUCAGAGGCUGAAAAGGAGAAAGAAUUUGAAGACGAACCUUAUAAGAGAUUUCCCCCACCAACGAAAGAUCAUAUUGAAAAAUUUUUACACGACAGCGAAAAUUUAAAGGUACAUAAACGUUACUGUUAUGAGUCCUGUCCACAAGGCGGUGAGGGCAAUGUAAUAACCAUCGCAGGGCUCAGAUGUACUACAAGAGAACACCAGGGUUCUUGGGGGAAACCUGUGUUGUUUGGUAGAGUCAAACUGGAAGCAUUCUUCUCACAUGUGACUGAGGUGAAAUUAUAAUCAGACAACUGGAUAUUGCAGGAAUCCAACCUCAGUCACAGAGAUGAAAGAGACAUGCACUGACCACUAUGCAACAAGUGUCCUAUGUUGUACAAAACUUAUGUAAUAAUGUCAAGUCUCUCCCAUGGUCUCACUUUCAGGACAUCUCGCUAACAAUGAUGGAAGAGCAGCUGAAUGGAACAUAUCGAGCAGUAUUUGAUGGACUAGCGAGUGAUGACGAAUGUAAGAAAUUGGCCAACCUUGGUUUGGUAAGGAACAUUUUGUUUUGAUUGGAGUAACCAUAGCUUAGACCUUAGACCUAGAGGAAAUACAAAGGAAGUCAUGUGAUACGCUCUCGUCUAAUGAGAUGCAAGAAUGCCUGAACUCUAUAUAUUCAAUUUUUGUUUUUUAUUUCAGACAAUUGGUCACGCCGGAGACGGAUAUAAGGAUGACCCUAGUCCACACACGGUUAAAGAGGAAUUUCGAGGGGUAAAUGUGAACAAUGCAACUUGGGUAAGUAUGUGUCCACAUAUAUAUCCAUAUUUAGCCUUCUUAGAAGCCGUCCACACACAUGAUCCCGCUUUGCCAGAAUGCCUCUCAUGCACUCUUUGAGCUGGUUCAAAUUUUGAUGAGAAUUGAAGAGUUUUUACUCGUCUAUAGCCAACUCUCGUGCAAUUCUAAUUUCAGAAUACUUUCAUCCAAUCUCUCACUUCUUAACCCCCAUCGUCAUUUGACCAAUCCUUAAUCCUGAUUCUCGUAUCUAACCAUCUUCUCCCAGGCGGCAGCGAAAGGUGAAGUUAGUUUAGAAGAGGCUGAGCUCUAUAUGAGUCUGAGUGAAAAAGUGCGUGUUAUAUCAGAAGCGUACUUCAGAUUAUCAACGCCAUUAUACUUCACCUACACACAUUUGGUCUGCAGGAAAGCACUGUCAGGUAAGACUUAGACUCAUGUUACCCACUAUUGCUUUUUAUAUCUUGUGCAGGUUCUGCUGUAUGUUAUCUUAUUUACAUGCAACUGAGCCUCUCUAAUAAACAGAAUCCUUUCUAAUACGGACAUCUCUCUAAUAUGAACUCCUCUGUAAUAUAAACCUCUCUCUAAUACGAACAUCUCUCUAAUACAGACACCUCUCUAAUACGAACAUCUCUCUAAUACAGACACCUCUCUAAUACGAACAUCUCUCUAAUACAGACACCUCUCUAAUACGAACAUCUCUCUAACACAGACACCUCUCUAAUACGAACAUCUCUCUAAUACAGACACCUCUCUAAUACGAACAUCUCUCUAAUACGAACAUCUCUCUAAUACAGACACCUCUCUAAUACGAACAUCUCUCUAAUACAGACACCUCUCUAAUACGAACAUCUCUCCAAUACAGACACCUCUCUAAUACGAACAUCUCUCUAAUACAGACACCUCUCUAAUACGAACAUCUCUCUAAUACAGACACCUCUCUAAUACGAACAUCUCUCUAAUACAGACACCUCUCUAAUACGAACAUCUCUCUACUACAGACACCUCUCUAAUACGAACAUCUCUCUAAUACAGACACCUCUCUAAUACGAACAUCUCUCCAAUACAGACACCUCUCUAAUACGAACACCUCUCUAAUACAGACACCUCUCUAAUACAGGCACUUCUCCAAUGCGAACAUCUCUAAUAAAAGCACCUCUCAUAUACUGUCUAUAAAACUAACCACUCUGAUCUAGGACACUUCGUUCUGCUCCUUCUGUGUCUUUUAGAAGGGCAACUAGAAUAAAAGGUUUAUACAUUACAUUUUUCACCAGAAUCAGAUGAAGGUAUGCACAUCAGUCAUCCAGUGCACUCUGAUAAUUGCGUCUUAAAACAUAAUGGUAAAAACGUUACCUGUGUCAAAGAACACCCGGCGUACACCUGGAGAGAUUACAGGUCAGUGGUUUUACUUACAAAUACAGCUGAGGGUAAAAUAUUUGACGCACAAGAUCAGCCGUUAUACAUGACGAGUGAUGGCGUCAGCAGUUCUUCCUUGAAAUCAAGAACGGCAGCCAAUUAAGUAUCGCAUUUUUUAUUUCAAACAAUGGCUGUCGCCAUCACUCGCCAUUUGACUAUAACAGCGCGAUAUAACGUACAGUGUAUAAUCACAGUGAAAACACAGACUAGAGACAUACAGAGAUGUAACUAACCGCCGUAAACACUGCGGAAGCUUACGUUUUCAUGUACCCACUUUUUUUCAGGCGACCUGGCAAAAAAUGAUCAACUGCGCGUGCUCAGCAAGUUUAAAGGGAGUCAUCAUCAGGUCGUCAUCCAAUCAGAUGCAUGCAUCUAGUAACUUCCGAGCAUGCGCACAAAAAAGUGGGUACACUAGUUACGUCUCUGUAUGUCUCUACUCUGUGAUUUGACUAUAACAGCUCGAUAUAACGUACAGUGUAUAAUCACAGUAAAGUUCUCUAUUCAUCAGCGCUAUGUCUGGAUAAACCACACUCCUUUGCUGCUUCUCCAUAUUGACUUGUGGCUCAUCGAUUUUUUCCGAAUUUUAGUGCUAUAUUGUAUUUAAACGAUGACUUCAUUGGAGGGCAAUUUAUAUUUGCAAGAAAAAACCAAACUGUUCAGGUAUAGUCAGUUUCUUACCGUAUGACCACUACUUUCCCUUGCUGGAAAUCUACAGAGACAAACUGAAAUCUGAUAGAGCUAUCCAGUAUAAAAUUUGUUUGCUUUUAAUUUAGGUGGUCCUUCGAGCCGGACAAUUUGUUGUUGUUUAAUGUAGUUUAGGUUUCCUCCUGUAGUAACACUGAAUCGAUAAGAGGUGAUCCUUACUGUACCUCUAGGUGAGAACAGUACAGAACUGAUACAGCUAUCCAGUAGAAAUGAAGUUAGUUUAAAUUUCCUCCUGUAGUAACAUUGGAUCAAAUAAUAAGAGAUGACUCUUAGUUGAUCUCUAGGAAGAACAGUUUAGAACUGAUAGAGUUAUCCAGUAUUGAAACCGCCACAUAACUUCUUCUAUUUACAGGCAAUCCUGAAGCCAAAAUGUGGUCGUAUGGUAGUAUUCUCCGCGGGAUUUGAGAAUCUCCACGGCGUGUUAGGUAUCAAACAAGGCACACGAUGUGCGCUGCCAAUCUGGUUCACACUAGACAAGCGAUACGAUGAGAAACAACGCCAUGAUGCUGCCGAGGUAUUACGAAAUUUAAAACAAGACAAAGAGUCCGAAACUGAAGCGAAUGAAGGUCAUAAAGAACUGUAAUGUACAAUGUACACCAAUCUAUAAAUUAUAGUUUUUCUACAGCGUACAAGUUUAGCACGAAUCAUAAUUCCUAACAGCAAGCGCUUGUUCAAAGUUAUGACAUAUUCUCAUUAGGAUAUCGUCUGUGUUGGUGGUAUGCUGUAUAUUUGAAAAGACGAAAACCACGGCAGUUUUUUGUACUGCUGAUUUAUUUUUUAUAAUAGUUAGAUAUCCAGACUGCCAAUUUUGUGAUAGGUUUCGUUUAGGUCUUGCCAGUUGGCAUAUUUAGUGGUUCGCGUGGGAAGAAUACAUAACACAAUACUGUAUGGGAUUCACUACUAUAUUGCAGCAAAUGUGCUCAACCUACGAUUAUCGUAAUGAGGAAAUGUUAUUUAUUGUUUUCAUUAUAUGUGUGUGAGUCUUUAAAGCCCUGGGCAAACUAAGAAACAUUGUUGUGGAAACAUUUGUGACUCGAUAUUUCCUCAAAUGUUUCCCUGUUUGCCCACCCGUGGAAACAUUGUUGCGGAAACAAAAUUUGCUUCCCGAGAAGCAAAAAUGUUUCCUAGCAAAUUCAGAAACAUUUGAUGUUUCCCCAUGUUUCUCACUAAUGUUUCCUAGUGUUUGCCCACUCUGGGAAACACGGCGAAACAUUGGUAGGAAACAAUGUUUCCGCAACAAUGUUUCCUAGUUUGCCCAGGGCUUAAGUCUUGGAAGUCUGAAGUUGAUAUCUGUUGGCUCGCUGACUGCAACCCAGCCUCCUCCAUAGGCAACUCUGUGGCUUCCCAAACGGCGAAAUUCAGAGGCGGAAGAACGCAGUAUUUAUUCUUUAUUGUCGUAUGUCUGGCCAAAAAGUGGGUGGUAACGGGGACAGAAAGAGGAUUUAGAGUUGAUAAAAGGGAUUACGAGGGAUUUGAGAGGAUUCCCUUGCUAGCCCAUCCUACUCGGCCGAAAGUUGACCAAGGUUUCAAUUUAACCAAAUUUCCCCGUUUGGGAACUCACAAAGUGGCUUGCUGAGGAGGCUUACUGAAUGCCACCGUUAACCAAUAGUAAACACUCCUAAUCAGUGAUGGUUUUGCCGAAGAUUUCACACAAGACAUAGUUCCUAUACACUAGACGUUGUCUCCUACCAUCUUAAACCCCGGCUGUUGACUUGACUUGAUUAAACAAAGUGUUUUUGAUAACUUGGGACAUCAACCCAUGUAUCGCUUCAAUUGUUGUCUUCGAGCUAAAAUAUAAUCAGAUGAAGAUGGAUCAUCAGGUUUAGUGUAGACACAAGACAAACUAUCCAGAUGAACUAGAAUAAUGCGAUCUAUACUAGCAAUGCUUCUGAGAACAAAUCAUGUCUAUAAUUUCCUGAUAGCUUCAACCUGUGCCGUCUUUACACACAUACACAAAACAUCUGUCAAGAUACUGUAUUAUUACAUUUGUUGUGCUUAGUUUUUGGUGAAGAAUGCCUGUGUUUUGCAUACAAAUUGACGAAGAUGUUGUAGGUUAAAUAAAUUAAACGACAUUUAUAUUUGUUUAUUAAAUUGUUAAGAAAUUCUCACCUGUCUUUACUGGCUUUUGAUAAUUUCCCUUCUUCUUUCUUCUCCACAUCACCGCUAGGAAAAUAACCUCCCAUUCUGCCAACCU